UUAAGAUUAUAGUGAAUACGCCGUACACACCAACAUCAAUACGGUUAUCCGAUAAACAAGAAAAAGAAGAAGACUUAGUAAUCUCAUUGUUCUUUUCGCCGAGAAAGAGCAAAUUAAAUAGAAAUGAACUGAUUGAUUUCAGUACGUUUUGAUUAUUUUUUUUCAUUGGCUCACAUCCACGAAUAACAACAAACUAUUGCCUCAAAAGCAAUUGUGUGUUUGCUUUCACCUUGCGAAAUAGGUUGUAAAUAUUUUUUUUUUUGGAAAUCAAAAGAAGAGGUCUACACAAAUCAUUUUGUAGGACGUUUAUUUUAUUUACGUAUUUUGUUUAGGACAAUAUCGCAUUGGGAUUUGCCUUAAUUGUGGCUUUAAUAUCAGUGAUAAUGUUCAUUUGCGUCUCCAAUUUUUUUUCGUUCUAUUAAAUUUGUUCGUUUUUCAUUUUUGGUCAAUAAUAAAGAAGAGUGUGAAUAGUGUUCGGUAAGAAGAUCUGCUGUUGAAAAAAGAGAAAUACCAAAAAUUGAACCAUCAAUAAAAUCAAAAUCAGACAUAUAGUUGGUGGUGUGAGGUUUAUCUCAAAUUGAAAUAAAAUGUCCAAAAAUGACGAAAAUCAGCCAUUAUUAGAUAAAGAUGAUGCGAAAACAGAUUACACGGCGGAAGGUGAAAACACUGGCGGGGCAACGGUUUCACCAAUCGGACCAAAUGAAGUGCCGCCGCCGUUCCAACAAGCUUCGAGUGGUGGAGUACCUAUGGUAACAUGUAGAGUAUGUGCAGCGAUGAUAGAUAUUUCGAGCAAGAAGGAGCAGCACGUGGUCAAAUGUCUUCAGUGCCAAGAGGCGACGCCAAUUCGUAAUGCGCCACCUGGAAAAAAGUAUGUACGUUGCCCUUGUAAUUGUCUGCUCAUUUGCAAGAGUUCAUCGCAACGAAUCGCUUGUCCGCGGCCAAAUUGCAAACGAAUUAUCAAUUUAGCACCAAGCCCUGUGACUCCCCCUGUUUCAUCAUUACCAGGAAUGUGCCGUGUAACGUGUGGCCAUUGCUCAGAUACAUUUUUAUUCAAUACAUUGCACAAUGCAUUAGCCAGAUGCCCACAUUGCCGCAAGGUGUCAUCAGUUGGACCCGAAUUCACGCGUAACCGUGGCAUUCUGUUCUUAGGUCUAGGGAUUUUAUUUUUGAUCAUUGGGAUUUGUGUUACAUGGACCACCUACAAAUAUGCUGCUGUGUGUAUCCGAAUCGUAUCAAGUCUAAACGUUCCUAGUUCAUUAAUGAAAAUUUACUCUUUUUUUUUUCUUCAGAAAAACGGUGGAAUUUAUGUAGCCUAUGUUGGCGCAUUUUUGAUUGCCCUCUUCUUAUUUGCUCGCACUUUGUAUUACUGUACAUUAAGUGUGAGCACCAUCGAUGGACCCAUGUAAUAAUAAUUCAAAUAUCGAAAGCAUAAUAGUUUGUAAUGUAAACGCAAACAAUGGAUGGAUUGGGUUGCAAACAGAGAUUGCAGAAAUAUAAAUUUGUUUUUAUAAUGACAUAUGUGAGCAGAAAAACCAUUCACAAAAAAAUAAUUACAACAAACCAUGAUUUUGAUAUUUUAUUAAUAGAGGAUGUUGUACAAUUGUAAAAAAAAUAACAAUCAAAUCCAAGCAAAAACCCCAUCACAUUAGCAAAGAGAGACAACAUGUUUUUGUUUGUUUCUAUAAUCAUCCUUAAAUGAAAGAUUAUCGAGACAUAAGAAAUGCAAUCACAUGCGAAAUUCCAGAAUUUCAACUGAAAUUUCUAUAAUAUAGCAAAUCUAAGAAUACUGCAAUAAAAUCCUUCUAUAACAAUAAGUUCACAACAUGUGCUCUGACAGCUUUGUGCUCUACCGUGAAGAGGAAUGUCAAACACAAAUGACAAAUUAAACCUUCACGAAUUAAUGUCAAAAUGAUAGUUAUCGCAUAGACAAAUCGAAUGAGAAUUACCGUGGAAAAAAAAUCCACCUAUAUCAUAGAAUUUUCAAUACUAAUUCUGGGAAUAAGUUUCUCUGUGUGGAAGGAGUAAAACACAAAAUACCAAAUUUAUAAUGAGUUUUAGUAAAAAAAAAGUCAUUCCUUUUGUUGAUAAAAAUUAAAAUAAUUAGAUAAACUACGAUAUUUUUACGGUAAUGAUAUAAUUUUUGUGAGUUUUUGUUUUCUGUUUAGCAAUAAUGAUUUUAAGCCUCAUGUGUCAAGAUGAACAACUAAUUAAAAGAACAGAUUUUGUUAUCAUUUGAACAGAAUGUAACGCACCACGAGUUUUCGUUUACUUUUAAAGAAUGAAUUAAAGAAAAUAACGUUGUGGAUUAUUUAACGAUUGCCAUAUACAUAUAAAAACAUAUUACAGGCAUUUAUAUCCUAUAUAACAUGCAUGUUACAGUGUACGUAUAAAAACUAAAUCUAACAUUGUCGAGCGUCUCGCAGUCAAAUACAUCAAUUUAUAAGCCUGGUGAUGAUGACGUAAAAAUAAAAUCAGUAUGAACUCAGCUUUCGUGGUGAUGCAAACUUUUUUCAGUGUUUUGUUUGUCAUUAUAGUUUGAAGAAUAUUGAUUGAAUUCAAUUUGUAAUCGACUGGUCUUAAUAUGGGUGCUUAGUCAUUUUUGUCUCUUCAAAAUGAUACCCAACUUAUAAAAAUGAAAAGAAGAUUCAUUUGUGCUCACAAAAAAUAUCAUCCGUUUGUUUUCCAAUUAGCUAAAGUUUCUCUUGGAUGAACACGAAAUAUCAUAUAUUUCAAUAUAUAUAUAUUGAAUACAAGCAGCAUUCACAAAUAAAAACUGUAACUAUAGCUUAGGCGCUGAAUAAUAAGUUUUUGGAUUUUUUAACCAUUCAAAAUUUUGUAUUUUAUCAUACAAUUUAAGAACAAUAAAUGCUUAAAAGAAAAA